AUGUAUCGCAGACACGUUACAUUACUUCUAGUGUGGAGCCUUCAACUCUGUUCAGCAUCCGACUCCGGAGACCCGCGACCAUGUGAUAAAAAGUUGGCAAAGCCGAACGAUGAAUUCGAAGUUGCAUCUAUCAAAAGUCCUGUCAAAGUACAAUGUGAGCAAUCGCUCGAAAGCGGAGGCUGGAUUGUGAUUCAUUCUCGCUUCGAUGGAACCGUUGAUUUCUACCGGACCUGGAAUGAUUAUAAAAACGGUUUUGGAGAGCUGACAGGCGAAUUUUGGCUUGGAUUCGAUGUUAUCCAUGCGGUGACCAGUUUAUGGCCUUGUGAACUUAUGGUGACUAUGGUUGAUUAUAGUGGAACCGAAAAGUUUGCAAAAUACAGUAAAUUCGCUGUGGGUGAUGAAAAUGAUAACUUUCAACUCACUAGCCUUGGAGUUUACUCCGGAACUGCUGGAGAUUCCCUUAAGAAAUCUCUCAGCGGGCCAUUCGGAACAUCAGAUAGAUCCGUUAGAGACAAAAAGAACUGUGCCGUUAAUUAUCAUGCCGCAUGGUGGCAUGCUAAUCCGCCAAAAUGUGAUUUUGCGAGGUUUGUAUUAAUCAUUUUGAGUUUUAUCAAUAUUUUUCUGUACAUUUUAAUUUCCAGCAAUUUGAAUGGAUUAUACCCAGACGGAAUAGAAAGAGGAAUUAGUUGGAAUCAUAUGAUGUGGAAAUCUUUUACCGACGAUACAAAAGGACUGAAGACUGUCAAAAUGAUGAUUCGUCCAAUUGACCCCGAAGAUCCAACCACAACGGUUGCGCCAGAGCAACCUACUCCAAAACCUGAAGUUGAACAAUCAGCUCCAGAGGCAAAAUCCCCAGAGCCUUCAACUGAAGUACCAGAAGCGGAAAAAACAACUUUGCUAGCUCCUCCUGAAUCCUUGCAACCGGAAGACAACAAAUCUGGUGGCGAAGAGCCGGAACCCGAAAAAACUAUAACCGAAGCGGUAAUUACAGAAGCACCAUUGGAGGAAAAGUUAGACCCUAGACCUCCCAAAGAUGCAGUUACGGAAGAACCAAAAUUAAAGCCGGAAGCCACCAGAAAGCCGGUACCAGUAAAUUUGCCAGCAUCGGUGGAUCCGAAGGACCUAGCAGCCCUAGAGAAAUUUUCUAACGGUUAUCAAUGCAACCGAAAACGGUUCUAG